UGAAGGUGUGCCACCAUGAAAUGGGAGAAGUUAAAGCCUCCAGAACCAGACGAUCCAAUGUGUUGUUGUGAAUGUGACGUCUUCCAGUAUGGAUGUUGUUGUGACUGUGAAGAUGUGGACGAGGCCUUUAACAGAUGGCUGCGAGACAGGACACCAAAAAGCGGAUGUCACUCUGCCCUUCUGGGGGCCUUGAUUGACAACUUGGAGAUCUCCAUGGUUCCUGCGCUGGUUCUGUUGCCUCUGCUGAUGCGUGUGGCGGCGCUGCACUACCUACUAGGUAUCAUGAUCCUGACGGCUCUUCCAGGCCUGGUGCUGUGGCUCUACUACGCCACCCACAGGAGGAAGAGACGCACACUCUUCUUCCUCACCCUGGCUCUCUACUCCCUGGCCUACAUGUACUACCUCUUCAUCACUGAGAUUCUACCUCGUGGCGAUGUGAACCGGAUGCAGCUGUGCAUCGUGACCACCGGGAUGAUCCUGACUAUUGUCUCUCUGGUUUGGACUAAGAGAGGUCCAGGAUUUGUUAGGACUACUGAGGAAGCCGUCAAGGAUUUGCCACAUCUAAGUGUCCAGUCUUCGUGCACACGACCUAAAUCACAGUUUCACACAGCAAGUGAAAAAUGGAGCUGGUGUCCUGCGUGUAAAAUAAAGCGACCACCUCGGGCGGGACAUUGUAGAACAUGUGGCGCUUGUGUCCAACGCCUGGACCACCACUGUGUCUGGAUAAACAGUUGUGUAGGACAGGCUAACCACCGCAGCUUCCUGUUGACCCUGUGUGUGUUCCUGCUGACGUCUUUGUACGGGAUCGGCUUGGUGCUGCGCAGCCUGUGUCCGCAACAGUACCUGGUCAGUGCACUCUUCUACUGCCCCGGUGUCUACACUCAGUCCAGCUCAGCGCUCUGCUUCACUUGUGCCUGGUACAGCGUCAUAGUCACAGGGAGCCUGCUGUACCUUCUGGUGGCACAGGUGAUGAACAUCAGUUUCAACGUGACAGAGCGGGAGGCUCAGCUGGCCCUGAGAAACAAAACGUGCCAGAAACGCCUGUGGGGGCUUGUCGACGCCACAGGAACAAAUUCACGAGGCUUCUACCAGAACUGGGUUGACUUCCUCACCAUGGCCGACGCCUCAACAAUGGCAGGGAAGUGGUACCUGAUUGGUUUUGCCUCCAACGGUCAAUGGUUUGUCGACCACCGCGCCAGCAUGAAAAUGGGCACCGCCAUUCUCAGCCCAAAUGCAGACGGUGACCUGGAUAUAUCAUAUGCGAGUUUAAAAUCUGACGGCUCAUGUUGGAGAAUGAACAACCUGGCAAAGAAGACGGACGUGCCUGGAAAGUUCACAUACACAAGCUGGGGCAAUGCCAAUGACAUGCGUGUGGUGGAGGUCAAGUACGACCAGUACGCCCUGACGCACACCAUUACAUUAGACGGGGGUAAUCCCACAGUGGUAAACAAGCUCUACGGCCGUGCAGUGGACCUCAGCACAGAUGUGCUGGACAAGUUCAGGCAGUUCUCCCUGGACACCGGAAUCCUACCUGAAAAUACUGCAUUCCUCCCCAAAAACGGUGAGUGCCCCGCAGCUUAACUUAAACAAGCUGCUGUCCAAGAGGAAUCUUUAUGAGUAUUACAGAUGUGUGCAAAUAAAACUUCAAACAGCUGAAAUAAUUUUUUUUUAUUACCUUUU